AUUCGAUUUUAAAAUAUUAUUGUCCUUCUCAGUGAUGGCGGCGUCGUUUCCUUCUCCUUCUGCAGCUAACAACAAAUGGUAUUUUACCCGAGAACAGAUCGAGAAUAGCCCGUCUCGCCGUGCUGGGCUGGAUCCAGAUAAAGAACUGUCGUAUAGACAGCAAGCGGCUAAUCUACUACAGGACAUGGGACAGCGACUCAAUGUGUCCCAGCUAACUAUCAACACUGCCAUUGUGUACAUGCACCGUUUUUACAUGGUCCAGUCCUUCACCCGCUUCCACAGAAAUGUGAUCGCCCCCGCCACCCUGUUCCUGGCCGCCAAGGUGGAGGAGCAGCCCCGCAAGCUGGAGCACGUGAUAAAGGUCACCCAUGCGUGCCUCAACCCUCAGGACCCGUCGCCGGACACCAGGAGCGACGCUUACCUGCAGCAAGCCCAAGACCUGGUCAUUCUUGAGAGCAUUAUCCUCCAGACCCUCGCAUUUGAAAUCACCAUUGACCACCCACAUACACAUGUUGUCAAGUGCACCCAGCUGGUCAGAGUUGUUCCAGCGAGUAAGGACUUGGCCCAGACGUCAUACUUCAUGGCGACAAACAGCCUGCACCUGACAACCUUCUGCCUGCAGUACAGCCCACCCAUCGUGGCCUGUGUGUGCAUCCAUCUGGCUUGCAAGUGGUCCAACUGGGAGAUCCCGGUGUCCACCGACAGCAAGCACUGGUGGGAGUACGUGGACCCCACCGUCACCCUCGAGCUGCUGGACGAGCUCACGCACGAGUUCCUGCAGAUCCUGGAGAAGACUCCCAGCCGAUUAAAACGCAUCCGCAACUGGAAGGCGGCGGGCCAGACGGUGAAGAAGACGAAGGUCCAAGAGGAGGGAGACCAGACGGAGGCGAUGAUGAGCAUGAUCUCCAUGGCGUCGUCCGAGAGCACGCUGGCGGGGCUGAUGAGCCUCUCCGCCCCCUCCGGCGCCGCCGCCUCUUCCUCCGCCUCUGCCGCCCCGUCGCUAGGCGACAAGGACCGCAGCUCCCAGCACUGGCCGUCCGGCGGCAAGGCGGGGGAGCACCAGCAGAACCAGGAGCUGAGCGCGCACGUGCCCGCCAAGGUCUCCCUCAGCGAGUACCGCGCCAAGAACGCCGACGUGCUGGCCGCCCAGAAGCGCAAGCUGGAGAACAUGGAGGCCAGCGUCAAGCGGGACUACGCCUCCGCCGCCCAGGCCCUGAUUGGCCAGCAGAGGAGGGAGAAGCACCAGCACCACCAGCAGCAGCAGCAGCAGCAGCAACAGCAGCAGCAGCUGUCCUCCUCCUCCUCCUCCUCGCACGGGCCGGGCGUGGGCUCCGCCCCCGACCCGAACCCCUCCCCGAUCGUACUCAAGAUCCCCCUGGAGAAGGAGAGGCAGGACCGCAGCUCGCUGAAGGUGCGCCUCCCGCUGGGGUCCGGGGGCGGGGCCGGGGGCGGACACAGCGGGGGAGGGGGCGGGGGGAGCCGGGCGGGAGACGACUUCAAGGUGCGGAUCCGGGUGCCGGAGAGGCGGGCGGGGGCCGGCGAGGAGGGGAAGAGCCGGGACAAGCACAGGGACCGCUCCAACCACCACCACCAUCACCACCACCACCACCACCACCACUCCUCUUCCAGCGGGGGCUCUUCCUCCUCCUCGUCCUCACACAAACACUCGGCCGGCCCGGGCGGGGGCGGGGCGGCUGGGACCGGCAAAAAGGCGUCCGGCGAAUCCAGGACCGGUUCCUCCUCGUCUUCCUCCUCGUCCCGGAAGAGGCCCCACCCGGAGCCCUCGCUGGCCGCCCACCCCCCGAAAGCCGGCAAGUCCUCCAGGAACUCAUACCAGCGCCCCCCAAUGCCCGGCCCCCCCGCUCACCCGCUGAGCCUCGGACACGAUAGCCUGCCGUCCGCGGGACUCGCCCACCACCACCAGGGCCCGUACCCCCACCCGAAACUGGACAAGGCCGACACCAACGGCCACAACGCGGCGGGGGGCGGCCAGUCCAACGAGUACCAGGACACCUUCGAGAUGCUCAACUCGCUCCUGAGCGCGCAGGGCGUUCAGCCCUCUCAGGGGUCCAUGUUCGACUACCGCACGCAGUACGGCGAGUACCCCCGCUACCCCGCCGGCUCGCGGGGCGGGGGGUCCCGGCCCCCGCCCCUCCCCACGGAACCCCCGCCCCCUCUGCCCCCCCUCCCCAAAUGAAGACUGAAGACUGUGGAAGGGGGGCAGGGUCGGAUGACGUGAUCGUAAGGUCAGCUGGGCUGCUGGACCAGAGCUGUGUGCGUGCACGCCGACCCUCUCCUGUGCACGUAGUCCGCCACUCAGCUUGACAGCAGAGUAUUGUACCACUCACUUUAGGUUUUAAGACUCCUCUUUUAUUGCUUUUCUUUUUUUUUUUUUGGUUUUGUUUUAGUCACCCCCCCCCCCACACACACCCCCACAUCCCUCGAAUUUGUGGCAAUAAUGAAUAAGGCUUUAAAAACCUUUAAAAAAAGAAAGAAAACAAGAACAGAGUCAAUUAUGUAUUAAAAAUGUAAAUACUAUUUUUCAUGUCAUUCAGGUUGUUGUAAUAUAUAUUUGCAUUGAACUGAUGAACUGAAAGUCUUUUAACAGAGUGACAGAGAACCAGGGCCACAUACUGCUGGCGAGAAUAAACGAAAAUACGUUUAAUAUAGUUUUAAUAGGUUGAACGCAUGGGAGGAAAAUGUACACUUGUAUUUCUUUAUUUGUAAAGUUCUGCUAACAAUUUUAAUAGCUAUCUCAUGGUUUCAGAAUGUUUUAAAGUAUUUAUUUUUUAUUCCUUUAAAUAAUUUGUAGCACUUGUUAUUCAGAUACUUUCAGGUUAUUAAAACCAUAUUUAAUUCUCCCCCUAGACGUCUUUCCUCUGUAGUUUUUUGGGUAGAACAAGAGAGUGUAUCCUGGUACUCUAAAGAUUUUACCUUUUUCAACAAACGUGGGCUCACAGUCCCCACAAACUCUCUGCUGUGCUUUCUUGUGCUUUUUGAGAGGGUCUAACUGCUUUUAACAUUUUAAGUUUUUAAAAAAAAAAGUUUCCCCUCUGUGAACGUCAGUGUUUUCUAUUCUGUAAAUGUGGAAUAACUAAGCAGGUGGAUAUAAAGUAUUUUUACAUUUUGUAAAAAAAUAAAAAAAAAACUUUAAAAAAAAAGUCAGAUAAAGAAACAUAUAUGUACAUUAAAAAGGUUGUAUUUUAGUUUGUAGUUUUCCUAUGUGAUGCAGUCAUUGUUUUAAAUGGUUGUAAAAAUGCUAUAACAACACUCCAGUUAUUAAACAAAUGGGCAGAAUGAAUUCUACCAUCUACAUUUCAAAUGCAAACCAUGCCAGUAUCCGGGUGAAGAGUUUUUUUUUUUUUUUUUUUAAACAUAUAUACCUUUCAUUAAUUCUACUAGAAUCCAUAAACCUUGUUCCCGCAACUGUUUUUAAUUACGUAUAUGUACGCCCCCCCCCCCACCCGAGUCAGAUGUGUAAGAUAUUCUAGGGCUCUAACGUUGCUCCCUUUGCAAGGGUAGCAAGUCAUCAGAUGUAUGCGUCUCAUGCCUUCGAGUGCUGCCCACUGCCUGCCCCCCCAUUCAGAUGCAUGUACCAUUCACCGAGUCUAAACAUGAAAUCUGGUCAGUGGGAGAACCCCCGGGGGAUUCUUGUGUAAAAGAAUGUGUACAGUACCAUUAACUGAGGAUUGCUGCCUGUACGCCUGUUUUUAAUGGAGAUGAAUUGCUCUUGUAUUAAUAUGUGUGUAUAAAAGAAUGGGAAAAAAUUGGGGGAAAAAAGACCUCAUCCCAUGAUGUUUCCUGUCCAUGACAUCAUACUUUCUUUUUUUUUUUUUUUUUUGGAAAUUCAUGUAAUCCUGACUAUAUGUAAUCAUGUUUUACAGUUGUAUUUUGUUUGGACUUAUGAAAAUUAACUAAAUUAAUUAAUUUUAAUUUUGCUUUCUACAUUCAUCAAGUCUGUUUUGUUUUAACACUAUUUUUAAAACCAAAGUUACAAACCGCAUAUUAGUUCAGUUUUAUUCAGUUUCUGUUUUGUUUUUAAUCAUGGUGGUUACUUAUGAAAUUUACCAAAACAAUGAACCCAGCUGUAGCAUGUUUGUUUGGACUCAUCGCCUGUUUGUGGCAUCACUGAUCAAGAACUACAGUUCAUUUAUCGGGCGACUGGGACACGAACCUUAACUGUAGUUAAGCUUCUCCAGUUGAACAUCUGAAAUGUAAAAUAUGAAGAGAAUUCUCUCAAAAAAUGUGAUUUGAAAUGGGCCCCAUUUUAAGGCAUCGGUUUUCCCUCAGAUAAUAUGAUUGCAUAUUCCCUUUCAAUCUUGGUUGAAUGUUCUGUGGUUUAUAUUUGAGUGUCUGAUUCCAACCACAGCUCCUGCUCUGUGUGAUUAUCACGGGGGUGGGUUCUGAUGGGACGCGUCACCUUCGAGUAAGGACGUUUUUUUUUUUACCGUACUCUUAAGGUGCAGUCAAGUAGACCAGCCAGCUUUUGUUAAGCAGACCCACUCCAUGGAAGCUUGCGUGGCACGGUUUUCAGCCUUGAUGAAAAGGUGUUGCAAACGAGAGAAACCAGAGAACAUCUAGUGUUUCUUAAAUGCGGUGAAAGGCAAUCUCCAACGGCCUGGGGCUCUGAGCACUUGGUGAGAGCUGGUUGCAUGACAGGGAGGAGCAGCGAUGUUUAUGUAGGCUGAACACAGACCACAGGCACGGGUUUUUCAGUGUGUCUUUUCCCCCGUACACAUUACCUGCUGUGUGUUUCAGUCCUUAUGCAAAGAGCCGUGUUUGGGGUCAGAACAGGGCAGACGGGCGUGGCACUCUUUAGUGUUUGUCCUCUCAUUUAAGACAACGAUCAGCGAUCAAAUGAAAACCACAGGGUCAUCCUUCGUUUUAUUUUUUAAGUUGUCCUUCAUUUUGUUUUUUGUUUUUAAAAAAGAAAA